AGCUUUGCACGCUCGGCCAUCCAGGCGGCCCCAUCUCCCAUCACCCUGGUGUUGGUCAAGGGGGAAAACACCAGCGUGGACGUCAAGCGCCUGGUCAAGAAGAGCGCGCCCCCCCGCUUCGGGCGCCGGCUGAGCGCCACGGAGAAGGAGAGGGCCACCCACAUCUGCCUGGACUGCGGCUACAUCUACUGCGACGCCACGCCCUGGGAGGACCUGCCCAGCGACUAUGUGUGCCCCCAGUGCAAUGCGCCCCGGCGCCGCUUUGUGCGUUUCGACCCCGAGUCUGGAGCGGUGGGUGCAGGGGGGGCCACGGUGGAGGUUCGGGGACAGGGACCUCCUUGCAUGCAGGCGCAUGCCCUGACAGGCUGCUCCCCCCCCCUUUUGUUGAGGCUGUCCGCAGGGCCACCCUUUGCUGCGUGUGUCGCCCUCAUUCCUGCCCACCCUCACCGCCAAAACCCACCUCUCCCAAUGCCUCGCAGACCAGCGGCGCCAGUUUCGAUGCCGCUCGCUGGGCGACAGUGGCGGCGGGCCUCAUCGGUGUGGCCCUCCUGGGCUACCUGGGCCUCAAGAUCUAGUGUCUGGCCCCAUCCCUCUCUUGUAAACUGCCUCGGAUGA